GAGACGGUUAUGGGCUCGUGCCUGGGCCGGAUCCCGGCCGUGUGAGGGGCGCGGGGACCUGCGGGAGGGAGACGGCCGCAGCAUGGCGGCCGGCAGCGCGCCGCCCUACCCACCGCCUUCCUGUCGCAACCGCCCCGACGCCGUGGCCCGCCAGUGCUCGCUGUGAGCCCGCCGCCCGCCGUCCGCUCGCCCGCCCGCACUCCUCUCCUUGCCGCCUCCGCCAGCCCGGGGGCGCGGAGGGGCGCGCCGCGCCCACCCGCCGGGGCCCUGGGACCAUGGAGGACGUGAAGCUGGAGUUCCCCUCGCUCCCGCAGGGCAAAGACGACGCCGAGGAGUGGACUUACCCUAUGAGACGGGAAAUGCAGGAAGUUUUGCCUGGAUUGUUCUUAGGCCCAUACUCUUCUGCUAUGAAAAGCAAGCUGCCUAUAUUACAGAAACAUGGGAUAACGCAUAUAAUUUGCAUACGUCAAAAUAUUGAAGCAAACUUUAUUAAACCAAACUUUCAGCAGUUAUUUAGAUAUUUAGUCUUGGAUAUUGCUGAUAAUCCAGUCGAAAACAUAAUACGUUUUUUCCCUAUGACUAAAGAGUUUAUUGAUGGAAGCUUACAAAAUGGAGGAAAAGUUCUUGUCCAUGGGAAUGCAGGCAUCUCUAGAAGUGCUGCCUUCGUCAUUGCCUACAUCAUGGAGACGUUCGGGAUGAAGUACAGAGAUGCAUUUGCUUAUGUCCAAGAAAGGCGAUUUUGUAUCAAUCCUAAUGCUGGAUUUGUCCACCAACUUCAGGAAUAUGAAGCCAUCUACUUAGCAAAAUUAACAAUACAGAUGAUGUCCCCACUCCAGAUAGAAAGGUCCCUGUCUGUUCAUUCUGGUACCACAGGUAGUUUGAAGAGAACACACGAAGAGGAGGAUGAUUUUGGAAACAUGCAAGUGGCAACUGCACAGAAUGGCUGACCCAUGAGCACUGACACAAACGUGAACGUCUAUCUGGAAAGGAGAAGCUCCUAGUGAUAACAAUGUAAAAUGGUAAAAACACAAAAUAGUUUCUUUUCAAUUAUACGUUGCUUCCAGACAUGUUUCUCUGCAGCUUGUUGAGCAGCACUGAGAUGCUGGACUCCGCAGGAGACGGCUU